AUGGCGCUCAACGAGAUCAACCUUGAAGAUAUCCUGCAAAAUGAACCGAAAGGGCAGAAUGUGGAUAGUACAUUGCAAAAGCUUCCAACACUAGCGCGCUGGUACAUUGAUACUCGCGAAUGGAACACCAAGGGCUUGGAUCUCCCGCUACUGGAAACGUUGCGUCCUCACGAACAAGAGGCCGUAAAGCGAUUCUACCACACUGCAGACAAGCAAAUGUCUCUGGCCUCACACCUCCUGAAAUACCUUUAUAUCCACCAUGUUUACGGUAUACCCUGGAAGAGCAUUGUCCUCGGCCGCACCGAUCCACCCCAGCGCCGCCCAUGCUUCAACUCCACCACACUGACAAAAGUCGAGUUCAACGUCAGCCAUCAAGCAUCACUCACAAUCCUCGCUGGAACCGUGGAACCAGAUGACAGACAGCUUUCAAAGCUAGCUGCCGCGAACAUCUCAGCGCUACGACCCCAAGUCGGCAUCGACAUAACAUGUGUCAACGAGCGCAAACCAAUCACAACUUACACGGCUCUAAUAGAACAUGUCGAGAUUUUCAGUGAAGUUUUCUCCACCCGUGAGCUUGAUACCAUGAAAAAACCUCAGUUGGUUCUCGCCCAAGCUCAGCAACUGGGAUACGCCCAGAACUUCUCAAUCCAACGCCAAGACGACGUGGUCCGCUUCGGUCUUCGCCUCUUCUACUCGUACUGGGCUCUCAAAGAAGCAUACGUCAAAAUGACCGGUGAAGCUCUCUUAGCACUUUGGUUACGCGAGUUGGAAUUCACGAAUGUGAUUCCUCCUGACCCUAUCGACCCACUUCCUACAUCCAAGCCAUAUACCACAUCGGACCGAAAGAUCCCACAAUCGCCGAAAAACUGGGGGCUGCCGUAUACCGGUGUCGUCAUUUCCAAGUCUGGUGAAGUACUCGAUGAUGUGCGGAUAGAGUUGGUUGCUUUUGAGUCAGACUAUAUUGUUGCAACUGCAGGGAGCGGAUGCACGGUUGGCGUGGUUCCUCACGUUGCCCAGGCUGGAGAGCCGUCUCGCCUUGGAGACGAUAUAUAUGUCCGAUUACCCGGAGGUGGACUUGAUUGCUACCGGAUCCCACUCAGUGCCAAGAGGCUUAUUGGUGAUAUGGACCCUUGGAACCUGCCGGGUGCCCUCAAUGACCCCUGGCUACCGAUGCAGGAGGUCGAUAUUGAUCUCGAUGUCCGGGCCUGUGCUGAAGGCCACUGUUCUCACCCGACCGAGGGCGCAAAUAUUCUAUCAUGUGUUGAGGAAAGACGUUAG